GUGGUGAGCAGCAUCUGAUUACAGAAACGCCAGCAAGCUCAGAGGGGAAAGACGCUCAAUAUCAGCAGGAGAAGCAACAUUUAAUUCCCCCUGUGACGAAAACAAACUUCUUUUACUCUUUUAUCUCCGUAGAAACCACAAAAUUGGACUUUUUUUCUUUUUUAAACCGGAGGGAAGAGGAAAACUCCGCAGUUUUGUCGUCGGAUGAGGAGGUUUGAGGUCGGCAUAAAUGGCUGAAGGGGGCCGACUGUCGACGGAGUAAAACCUGCAGGAUGUCGCAGUUUGUGGAGGUGUGAAUUGAGAAGCCAGGCGGCGCUUUUAGGCGAAUAUCGACGUUUUGCGGCUAAAUAAGAAACGUUUGAGGCUGCUGGAGGAUUCAGUUUGGUUUGGUUUGUUCCGCCAGCGCGGAGUUAAACAGGCUGCUGGAGAAACGGGCCGUCUUCAGUUUGGACAUCUGUCCAUUUGUAUUUUCGUCUCUGAUAAGUCUCGUGUGCCGCCGCCAUCAUUCCGUGCUGCAGGGCCGACCCCAACAUGUCUUCCAACGGAGACGUCAGCGACCUCGGCAACUCCGACAGCUUCUGGGAGCCGGGUAACUAUAAAAGGACAGUGAAGCGGAUCGACGACGGCCACCGGCUGUGCAACGAGCUCGUUAGCUGCUUCCAGGAAAGAGCCAAGAUCGAGAAGAGCUACGCUCUUCAGCUGAGCGACUGGUCCAAAAGGUGGAGGGGCAUCGUUGAAAAAGGCCCUCAGUACGGGACUCUGGAGAAAGCGUGGCACGCCUUCAUGCAGGCGGCCGACCGCCUCAGUGAGCUGCACAUGGAGCUGCGGGAGCGGCUAGCAGGCGAGGAUAGCGAGAAGGUCCGCGACUGGCAGAAAGACGCUUUCCACAAGCAGAUGAUGGGAGGCUUCAGGGAGACGAAGGACGCAGACGACGGGUUCAGGAAAGCUCAGAAACCCUGGGUCCGCAAGCUGAAAGAGGUCGAGUCCAGUAAGAAAAGCUACCAUCAGGCCAGGAAGGAGGAGUGGACGGCCAUUUCCAGGGAAACGCAUGCCAAGGCUGACCCGUCCAAAUCCCAGGAGGAAGUCCGCAAAUUCACGGUCCGGGCCGAGCGCUGCAACCAAGAGGCCGAGAAGGCAAAGGAGCGCUACGCCAAGGCCCUGGAGGAUCUGAACCGCUGCAACCCUCGCUACAUGGAGGACAUGGAGCAGGUGUUCGACCUCACGCAGGAGGCAGAACGGAAGAGGCUGCGCUUCUUCAAAGACGUCCUGCUGGAUAUCCACACGCACCUCGACCUGUCCGCCAAAGACAGCUUUAAAAACCUGCACCAGGAUCUGGGUCAGACCAUCCGAGCUGCCAGCGAUGCUGAAGACCUGCGGUGGUGGAGGAACACCCACGGACCGGGGAUGAGCAUGAACUGGCCCCAGUUUGAGGAGUGGUCUCCAGAUUCAAGCCGCUCCAUCAGCAGGAAGGAGCGAGGAGGAAACUCGGAGGAGAACGUCGUCACCCUCACCAACAUCGUGUCGUCGGGUGGAGGAGACGCACCUCCCAGUCCCAUCACUAUGGAAAUGGGCAGGGUGAAGGAUUACUCAUCGGACUGGUCAGACGAGGAGAGUCCCAAGAAGGUGACGGUGAACGGCGUCAGGGAGGCGGAGGACAAGGAGGAGGAGGAGGGGGAGCAGGCGGAGGGCGUGGCGGUGAGAGCGCUGUACGAUUACACGGGCCAGGAGGCGGACGAGCUCAGCUUUAAAGCAGGCGACGAGCUGAUGAAGCUUGGUGAGGAAGACGAGCAGGGCUGGUGUAAAGGAAGGCUGAGGAGCGGCCAGGUGGGCCUUUAUCCCGCCAACUACGUCCAGGUCAUCGCUUCCUGAUGGUCCCGCCCCCUCUGGUCAACUGAGCCAAUCAGAAAGCUGCACACCAUCUGCCAGGAACAAGUGGAGGCUUUCCGUCCUGACCCGAGGAAAAUGAGUCCUGUGGUUCAGAAAGUCUGUUUUUCUCAUUGGGAAGAGAACAGAACUACAAUAUCUGUUAGCAGAGUCCUUCAACGCUAGCAGGAAAACCACGAGUUUCUGAUCGGAUCAUUAAACCCGCAAAAGAGGAUAAUCAAUCAAUCAGCAAGAGACUCAUCAAAAACGGGAUUUUUCUUUUACGUUUAGUCGCAUUGGAUCAUUUCUAUCAAUUUAGAAGAAAGGAUAAAUCAAGGGUACGGCUUGACGCUAAUUAGCUUAGCUUAAAAAAUUGCUAAGCUCUUCUGCUAACUGCAAAAUUGCAUGAGAAGCUUUAAUUAGAAAAUGUUCCCAUUUCCACACAUGCUCAACAUGCAUGUGUAUUUUUCUUUCCUGUUAGCCAAAGUUUUCUUUAAGCCAGCACCUAGUGGCCAUCGGCGGUACUGCAUGUUCAAGAUCUUUCUUUUAAAAGGAAAAAUGAGGAUUUUAAAAAAUUUAUGUGACAAGGUUAUCAGUCAGUAUUUUUGCUUACAAGAGGUUGUAGCCAGAACAAUUUGGAUUUAGAGAAUUGAGAUAAAACCUUAUGUAAAUAGACAAAUAAAAUGCACCAUGCUACUAUGAUGAAGCAUUUGCUGGAAAUGUUGCAUGCUGGUUAAAUACCUGACCUGUGCUCAGGUCCAGCUGUUAGCCUGACUUUCUUUUUAGCUUCAAAAAGUCUUAAAAGAUGAACAUUUCUGAUAUCUACAAAAUGUAAGAUAUUGAUUACUGGUAACUAGCUCACAUGACCCCAUUAAAAAAAAAACCUGAGAAUUUCCUUCUAAAUGAAAAGCCAAACUACAGACUGUCAGUGCCUUAGAUGAAGAGGCCAGAAAUGUGCAUCGCCGCCCUGCUGGUUGACUUGUGGAACUACAUCCUGUAAAUCCACAACACCGCUCCUUAUUUUAUAUUUUUGAAAAAAAUAAAUAAACAGCGCAGUUUUUUGUUACACUGACCUACCAAACUGCAAAUGUACAGCUCUGCCCUUGUGCUCGACUCUGGAACUACAUCCUGUAAACGAACAGCGCCGCCCUUCGGUUUGGCCAAAGAAUUGCAUCUUUAAAUUUCCGCUGUUUUGCUGUUGAACGGACAGAAGAAAAAAAAACAUUUAUUUGGACUCCUGGACAUAAAUUAGACUUUUUUUUUUAGUUUUUCUGGUUAUUCUGAGUCUUGGAUGCAAAAUUUUCUUUGUUUUUUAAAAGAAUAAUUAUAAUAAUAGAGGUUCGUUUAUAUUAACUUCUGGAUAAAUUGUUGCCACUUCUUUCUUAGAUUUUUUUUAUAUUGUUCAUUUCCUUUUAACUCUUCUUCCAGUUUUUUUUAAGUCUGUUUGGCUGUGAACACAACAGUUUGACCUCAGUCACAUGAAAUAAGUCUAGAUUUUGCUAUAAUUGUUUUUUUUCUAGGGAUUUGGUUUUCUUGUUUUAAGUUCUUGUUUGUUUCUGAGGAGAGUUUUCUCCGUCUUGCUGAUCAGAGCAUAGCUACAGCUAACCUGCAUAUGUGUUUAAAUGCUAAUAAUAAGAUAUUUAAACGUUUAAACUGCACGCAUCUGUAGCAAGUACAGCUUCAAGUGGGAGAAAUAAACGGCUCGAAACUUUUCAGAC